UUGAUUGCUUGUGAGCAUCAGUGGACGACGAUGCUCCAAGACAUGAUCUUUGUGCCUACGGAGGCACAGGCAGAUCCGACACCGGCGGAGGCAGAGAGAAGUAACCUGGCUAACUUACUGCUGGGCACGAUAUGACUGCGUUAACAACUGCUAUCCGCACAGAGGCAACGCAGCAGCAGCAACAGCAUCAGCUGUUGAAUUCCACUAUCACACGCGUCAACAGCAUAGAGGCUAACGCCUCAGCAGCGCCAGGCUGCACGACAGACGUGACGAAGCAACUCAACGAGCGCAUCGAUCACGUCGUCACCAUCAUCGGCGACAUAAGUACUUUCAACGGACCAGACUCGAUCAGCAGCACGGUGGCCGCCAUCAAGACGGACAUCACCAAGCUACAGACGAGACCGGAAACCGCUACAAAGACGUUCAAGAUGCCGCACUUCGACAUCAGCAAGUUCGACGAUUACAACAAGUCGGACGCCUUGUUAUGGUGGCAACGCUUCCUCACGGAAGCAUCAUGCCGCAUGGUCCCGGCGGACGACAUGUUGAAGGCACUAUAUCUGCAGCUGAUUGGAGGAGCGCAGGGAUGGAUGAACCACCUAGCGGCUACACACAAGUGCACUAUCGCCGAACUCCACACGCACAUUACGUGGAAGGAAUUCGAGCAGCUAUGGUUCACCCGGUUCAUGGUCCGCAACGUCGUGAAGGCGGCCAUGAAUGAGGUGUACACAUGCUCUCAAGGGAACAUGCCAACUCGAGACUGGACUACGAAGUGGCAAAAGAUAGUGACCACAGCAGGUUUCGACUUGACGUUUCCAAAUCAACGAUCCGAGUUCUUCUCGCGAUCGUGCGCGGGAUUGAGGUCGGCACUCGGUAAUGAGUACGACUAUACCACAUUCCAGGCCAUUCUGGAUCGAGCGAACUUGGUCAUCCAAACGGACGACAAGGCCGCUAACGAGAGACAAUCCCAGCCGCACUAUGUGCCUAAACAGGCCUAUCAACGUCCGGCACAUAACAAUGCCGUGUUUUCUGAAGAAAUCGACGACCACCACGCUGCGGCAGCAUCCUCGAGUGAUGGAGGAAUGGUCGCAGCGCUCCCACCGAAGCGUUCGAAGAGAGUUCGCAAGAACAAGGCGACACAAGRGACAGCGGCGACGGGAGCUGGGCAGCAGCCAUGGACGGCUUAUAAGAUCACCAAGGAGGUCUAUGACCUACGUCAGAAUGAGCGACCGAGACACUUGCUUCAUGUCAGCCUUUUGGACUUCUCUCAUGACGGAGUCCGACACGACAACGAAGCCGAGCUCGGCUCUGCACCCGCAGACGGAUGGUCACACGGAGCGAGCACUGCUGAUCUCCUUUUGCCACAGGUUGCCGACAUAGACGUCCCUUGCUCUCCCGCUUCUGUGAGGAAGUAUCGGGACUUGCUGAUCAAAGCCCGCGCGAAUAUGCAAAAGGCUCAGGUCCGCAUGCAGCAGCAAGCUAACCGACGUCGCCUUCCAUGUCCUUUCCGCGAGGGAGACCUUGUUUGGGUCCUCUCCGAGGAAUUUGCGCUCGAGCAGGAUGUUUCGCGCAAACUCCUUCCGAAAUGGUUCGGACCAUGGGAAGUCACUUCUGCCGUUGGAGACGACCCCGCCGGUCCUUCCUUCGUGAUAAAAAUUCCACCGCACCUAACAAUGCAUCGGGUCUUCCAUGCAUCGAAGUUGGCCAUCUACAUGCCACCUCCAGCUGACAAAUUCCCCGGACGUCGAUCACAGGAUCCGCCUUCUAUGGACGGACAUYAGGAAGUUGACCGAGUCAUCACGCACCGCAAGUAUGGCAACAAGCCAAGGCAGUACAAGGUUACAUUCAAGCAAUGUGCGCCUGAUGACACUCGGUGGAUCUCCAGUGAAGAUUUGCAGACUUCUGCACCCCUCAUCUUCGCAGACUAUGAGAAGACGCCUUGCUAAGGACGCAGCUCGUCCCGCCCGACCCACCCCGGUAUCGGACAGACAACCUC